AUGUUCGCCCUGCAAGUCCACGUCUGUGACCUCGGCCGUCCAGUUAUCCUUGCUCCAGCCCUUGGAUUCGAAUCUCAUGGAAUCCUCAACGACUUUUUAUCCCCUUUCAAUCAGUUCUAUAUCGCCCUGGUGAUCCUCGGAGCCGUUGAAGUGUCCACUACAGCGCUUUUCGAGUACCGUCAUCAUGCCCUACUCCCACCUGGCUGCCCCAUCAAGUUUUCUUAUCGAUCCCGUGUUGUAAUAUUUAUAAUUCGUGCACUUUUGGGCUGUAAUUUGGGAACAGUUUGGCAGUUCAUGAAGAAGGAUCUCAAUGUGGCGAGGAGGGAUUGGGAAAAGGUUUGUGGGCUGAUUUUUCAAUAAAUUGGAAUUUUUCGACAGAAACCGAAAACUUUCGGUAAAUCUUGAAAUGCAUUGAUUCAAGAUUGAAAAAUAAUUCAUCGACUUUUUUUUUUGUUCUUUUUAUAAUUUCCUCUAUAGAUCCUGAGACACACGUUGAUGUCAAUUUUUUAAAAAUCUGUUCAAAAGCUGUCAAUGAUUACAUUGAAACCAUUUUACUCAAAAUUGUUCUUCAAACUAUAUUUAUUGAAAAAAAAGCGAUGUUUACAACCUUCAUGGUGUUUUCAAAGUGAUUUCUGAGCGCCAAAAAUUUUCGAAUGUUCAUUUUUUCGUUUCUAAAAACCUUCUACGAACCUUUUAAUCAAGUUUCUUUCCCAAAAGACAUACUUGAAAAAAACAACUCAACUCAACUCGUCUCAAAAUUGCCAGGCUGAGCGGGCUGAGUUGGGCCGGCCCGGGCUUUUGGUCUCUUUUUCGCAAAGAAGUCUUGGGCUUGGGUGAGGCCAGGUUUCUCAAUAAAAUUUCUGAUCCGACCUCCCAAUUAUCAUAGAGAAAAUAAUUUUACCAGUUGAAUCAGUUUCUGUUGAAUUUUAUUCGAAGAAAGAAGAACCAAAAAGGUGAUUUUUAUCGUGAAAAAGUCUGCUAUAGCUGAUUCACGGCUGGCUUGAGCCAUCGAGAAAAGGGUCCUGCCACGAAAAGAGACAAGACAGUGCCCUGGUUGGUGGAGAGUGCAGACAGGCCACGCCUUUUUGCGUCCCAAGCUAGCCGUGAAUCGUCUGUAUUCAACUUGAAGAAAGUUUGCGCUCUUUGGACCGGACCGACCAUUUUUGAUUGAGGCCUCGCUUAGGCGGGACAUGUUCGGGCUAAAAAUUGGCCAAAGGUCCGAUAGGCUGACGGGCCACACAAGCCUGGAAAACACCAUUAGACGACAAAUGAAUUUUACCUUAUAUUUUUGCAGAUUUUACCUUGCGAGCUAGCGGAACUUCAAGACGACGAAUCAACCGUGUUUUUCUUCUCCGCAGACGUUGCCAAGAGAGGACUCACUGUUGUGUGCUUCUGCGCCGGUGUUCCCAUUUUCGAAAUGAUUUUCUAUGUGUUCGAUUCGUUUAGGUACGUUUUUGAAGUAAUGAAAGUGGUUUUUUCUCAUAAAAAGGAUUUUUUGAAAAGUUUGAGAGUCAUCCAAAGUUUUUUUGAAGGAAAGCUUUCGUCUUCAGAAUUCUCAUUUACAAACAGAAUGAAUUAGGAAUUCCAGAGUGGUCCCUGAAGGGGUGA